GCGAAGAAUUUAUGCUCAAAGCCAAGCAAAAAAGCUGGGCGACAAUUUCUAAGUAAGGCCGAGAACUCCGAGAACGGAGGGAGUACGCCAACAAUCUUGUUUCCCUUCUCGCUUCUCUUUCACACUUACACUAACACACACACCCUUUUGUCAACUGGCCCACGCCAAGAACCGUAUUUGCCUUUGAGAGAGCGGUGUCGUUGCUCACUUCAAAAAACCAGCUUGUGCCUAAACAAUUACUGCUAACUUACACCCGAUCCCAUCUACCACUGUUUAUUAUCACUUACAUAAGUAAUGUCGAAUUCCGAGUUUCUUGCCAAAGCGAUUGAAAUCGUCAAAAAGGCGACGGACGAGGACAACAAGGGCAACUACAAGGAAGCCUAUGGUUACUAUCAAAACUCGCUCGAUUAUUUCAUGACCGCGAUAAAGUAUGAAAAGAACGAUCGUUUAAAGGAUUCGAUCCGGAAGCGGUUUGUAGAGUAUCUGGAUCGAGCGGAAAUUCUUAAGGAGUUUUUGAAUGGACAAGAAGAAAAGAAACAAGAAGAAGUGGUGGGGACCAAUGGCGCAAGUAAAAAUGUGAAAAAGAAAAAGGGUGAAGGCGAUGAUGACGACGACGAUCCCGAAAUGAAAAAGAUGCGGGCCAGUCUGACAGGCGUCAUUCUAACAGAGAAACCUGAUGUGCGCUGGGAGGAUGUUGCGGGUUUGGAAGGCGCCAAGGAGGCCAUCAAGGAAGCUGUGAUCUUACCCAUCAAAUUCCCUCACUUUUUCACUGGCAAGCGCAAGCCGUGGCGAGGUAUUUUGCUCUAUGGCCCACCAGGCACGGGUAAAUCCUAUCUUGCCAAAGCUGUUGCAACCGAAGCCAACUCGACGUUUUUCUCGGUCUCCUCAUCGGACUUGGUCUCGAAAUGGCUUGGUGAGAGUGAACGUCUGGUCAAGCAACUGUUCCAGAUGGCACGUGAGAACAAACCGGCUAUUAUCUUUAUCGACGAAGUGGAUUCCUUGUGCGGCUCGCGUGGUGAUGGUGAAUCAGAGGCUGCCCGACGCAUAAAGACUGAGUUCCUUGUCCAGAUGAACGGUGUUGGUAACGAUAUGGACGGAGUUUUGGUGCUUGGUGCUACCAACAUCCCAUGGCAACUAGAUUUGGCUAUUCGAAGAAGAUUCGAAAAGCGUAUCUAUAUCCCUCUUCCUGAUCCUCACGCUCGUGCAACCAUGUUCCAGCUGAACGUUGGAACGACUCCAUGCCACUUGACUCCCGCUGAUUAUAAGCACCUUGCAGAAAUGACUGAAGGAUACUCUGGCUCUGAUAUUGCUAUUCUUGUCCGAGAUGCAUUGAUGCAGCCAAUUCGAAAGGUGCAAAGUGCAACCCAUUUUAAGUGGAUUGAGGCACCUGGACGUGAGGACGCAAGUACUACAAAGAGAUACUUGACGCCUUGCUCCCCUGGCGAUCCGGAUGCACAAGAGAUGACAUGGGUCGAUAUUGAAGCCGAACAGCUACAGGAACCCGAGCUUGUUCUACAAGAUUUCCUCAAAGCGGUUCAAAGCUCACGUCCAACAGUGAAUGGAGAAGAUAUCCAACAGCAUAUUAAAUUCACAGACGACUUUGGUCAAGAAGGUUAAAUAAGAAACAAACAAAAAAGAUGGACAGAAAAUCGGCAGAAUACUGUGUUUUGGGUUAUUCUCUUUCUAUUAUAUUCCCCCUCUAUCUCAUCUUUCCUGCAAGAGGAUUAGCUACUAUAUCUUCCUUCCUUUCUUUCUACAUAUUUUUCUUUAGCCAAAACACAUUAUUUAUGUACACACUUUGCCUUUUCCCUAUCUCCCAAUUAACACACAUUAUUUUUGUAUUCCUGUACUUGAAGCAAGUUUAUAUAAAAAAGUCAUAAAAAGAAGGAUGAUAGAGAGAGAGAAGCGGUAUCUUUGAAGAAGUAGGAAGGGGGCAAGCGGGACUAGGUUUUAUACAUGCAUAUAUCAUUCAUCAUCGGUCACCCAAAAUGCAACAAUAGGAAGGACUUUAUGUUUGCUGGUCUCUAGUGGUAUAAAUCGAACAUGCUCGCCACCGCUUUUUAUCAGCUUCGAAUCUGUCUCCCAAGUUUCUGGUACAUCCACAUCCUGUUCUGU